AUGUGCACGUACGUUUGUGCCCAUUACAACCAAGGGCCCACGGCGUCCUUGGUUUUGUCCAGCUCUGCACUUGGCAGCAUUGCACCGGCGGUGGUGUGCUUCAGCCCUGGGCUCUCCCAGGAUUUCAGGGAGGACCUCGAGGCCUUUGACGGCCAGUGGGAGCUGCAGAUCCGCUUCGCCGCCUUGCGGCCCAGGACGGCGCAGCUUCAAGAGCCCCUGGAAGAGCAGCCUUGUGGCGCUUGGUUCCUUGACCUGGCGGUGGAGGGUGUGGAAGGCUUGCAUGGCUUUCCCCACAUCGCAGGGUGCAAAUGGAAUGAAAGCGUUCCACAGAUUUCUUUGCAAUUGUCCGGCGAGUUCCCGACAUGUCGCGGGGAUGGCUGUAGCUUUCACCUGGCUUUGAACGUUGAGGUGACUGAAGCUUUUCAAGAUGCCAGCGAAGUUGCACAGAUUGCAGCGGUUUGCCGAGGGACCGAGAACUGCUCCAUGCAUGAAGGUGUCGAGGUUCUCUCGUUGCCGGUUUUCUCGACAAGAGGCACUCGAAGCGCUCUGAGCCCUGGCUCUUUGAUCCUCGAGGAUCUUCCUCGCCACCAGCGGGCAUUGCUUCUGGAAGACGACUCGGAGCUUCACGCGAAUCUCAGCCUAAGCUUACAAUUGCCUCCAGAGGGUCUUGAUCUUCAGCCCAUUGUGAACGUCUCCAGCAUUCUGAUACGGAUGCUCCUCUUUCCUUUGAGCUCCUGGGAGGUAGCUACAUGUGAGGCGAGCAUCGGUAUUUGCGAGACCGAGCACUUCGGACCUUAUCGCAGCUGGGUGUCGCUGGACAUGUCGGCAGCUUGGGACGUGGGAGAGGGCGCAGCCGGAACGUGGGAUCCAGAUUGGCGAUCCUGGCAACUGGCACUGCCUGCUCCCCGCACGGCCUUCUUUCCUAGCCAGGUGGUGGCAGAGCUCAUGGUGAGCGGUGAAGAUGAGAAUGCAUCUCUGGUCGAGUUCAGUGGCAUCUUGCCCUUCGCAGCCUUCUGGCGUCGACAGUCACCCGGAGCACCAGCGAUUCCAGUUCUUCAGCUGCUGGUCAUUGGUCGCUCUGGCCAUGGCCCAUUUCCCUUUCCUUCCAAAAGAAAUGAGAUCCUGGUGCGCCUGGAGCUGCCCACCACACUGACUGCUGGGACUCGGGGCGGGGCCGGCCUCUCGCUACAUCUUCCCGAAGAUUAUGAGUGCCUCAGCGCCGAAACCAUACUCCAGCUCCAAGUGUUCGACGCUCCUCAGGAUGCCCAGUUGCUGGAGUCCCUUGAAGUGUCUCGUGAUUUGGAAGACUUCCUGGGCUCCGUGACGCAUGACACAGGGCGUCGGUGGUGGCAACGAGGCACCCGGCCCAGCGAGUGCUUCCUGAACCUCGAGGAGUUCGAGGCGUUCUACGCUGGCCAACAAAUCUAUGUGAAGGUGGCGUUCCACACACCGGGAUCCGUGCGCCCAGCUGAGCCUUGGCACCUCGAGCUCCGCAGCCGAGGUGAGGAUUGGGAGGCCUCCACGCCCGACGCGCUCAGCUUCCCCAGCUCGGGCUCCGACGGCUCCGUCUGGCAGGGCGGCAUGAGCGUGCUUGGCGAUCUGCACUCCGUUACCCUGCAGCCCUCCACACUCUCCUUCUCUGCUGCGGCUUUUUGGCUGACCGUCACCUUGCAGCCGCAUCGGCACUUUGCCGCCGCUGUCAUCAUCGACGGACCGAAGAGCGUCGAUUUUCAAACCUGUACGGCUCGCGUCAACGAGGCUCUCCGUGCUGAAGGCGUACGCCCCUUGCCACUUGGGCCAAGCCCAAGCUGCGUGGCUGGCACGUGGCCUUGCCUUUUCCGACAGCUGCAGCCACCUCAUUGUGCCGAAGAUCCCACCCCGGCCCUGCCCAGAAGUCGAGCUUUCGUCCAUCUCAGAGAGCACCUCGAGCCCGGUGAGUUGUAUUGCUUCGAGGUCUCGGUGCGCUCUUUGAGCCCUGCAGCCGGUGAGUGGUACGUCUGGACACAGAGCAGCUCCGGGCCUGAACUCCUGGAGGGGUCGCUGGCCGUCUUCAACCCCGACCACGGGGAGCCUUCCUGGGAACUCUCGGUGGAGGACUUGCAGGUCAACAUCUCCCUCUCGGACCGCAGGCCCUUCCUUCUCAGCGGAGCCACUGGGAAAGUCGAGGUUGACUUUCUGAGUCCCCGCAGUGGGAGGACCGGCUUGCGAAUCAUAGCUCCCAGCGGCUACAUCUGGGGCCCACCCGUCACAGCUGGCGUCCUUCCUCGCGAUUGCUGGGCAGCGCUGGCGAUGCCAAGCGGCUGGCCAGGUUGCGAGGCGGUUGCCAAUGUGGUCACUUGGGACGGCAUCGACCUCGUCGCCAACGAGACUUACAUCCUGCAACUGGAGGUUCGAGUGCCGGCCGAGAUGCCUCGCUUGGGAAGCAAUGCUUUCUUCGUGCAGCUGGGUGCUUUCCUCCCGAGCUCCUCUUCGGAGGCUCCAUGGGCCGGUGCGGUCCUGAGCAAGGACGCGAUGGGCGAGCCAUUUCUAAUCUUGGCGAUCUCGGAGGCUUCGGUGGCUUGCUCUUGCACGGCUGCCGGAAUCCGCGCAAACUACGUGCGCUUCGCCCUGCGCUUGCCUGCUCUGCAGUCAGGCAAUGUCCUGCAGAUUUCUGGCGACGUGGCGACGGCAGCAUGGCUUCGCAUACAGCUUACGUGCCAUCCGGCCCAUGCCGGAUUGACCUUCUCUGCAUCCUGUGCCAUCCGCGCUCCGUUGGCCACCGACAUGCCUCGUGGCGCCAUCGCAGUCCCCGAUGGAACGGACUGCCAGUACCGCACGACGGAAAUGACACUCUUGGACAGCGGCGGCGUAGUUCGGAGCGUGGAUGCGCCUUUGUUGCUUCUCAGCGCCUCGAUGCCAUGGCCAGGGGCCUUCUACGCGGUCGAAGUGCUCGGCCGCAAUCCGCCCAGCCCCGGCCCUGCCGGCACUUGGACCUUCCAAGUUUUCGACUCCGCAACGCAGCUUCAAGCCUUGUUUCUCGCUGCAUCGGCGGUUGGCUGUCCCGUGCGCCGUGCUCUUUCAGCAGGCUUGCUGGCUGCACCGGAGCCCUACAGCGAGCAGGCGACGGCUUGGGAAAUCACGGGGCGGCCAGGGCAAAGAGAUCACGUGGUGCUCUCUCUGUCGGUCACAGACCGACCAGCGGUCGAAAGCGGCUUUCUCCCGCUGCGCCUCGUCGCUCCGAAGGGCUGGAGCUUUGUGUCUCCUACUACGGGUUCCUUCGACGUCGACGGAGACUGCUCGGCUUAUCCGGCUUACCCCGAUCCCUCCUCCAGAACUUUGUGGCCGGGACCUUUUGGAGCCUGCCGUGGACACGGCCGCGAGGCGGUGAUUGAAGUGCCGGCGGGCCUGGAGCCGCUGAACGUCUACUCCUUGCGGGUGGCCGUGAUCAAUCCCAGGUAUGAAGAGCUCUCCUUGGAGGCCGAGGAAGCCUCGGUUUGGUUCCUGGAGCUCGGGGACGAGGCGAGUCCCCCGCUUCUUGGUCCUCGGCUCCGAUUGCUUCGUGACAUCCGUGUGGAGCCCACGAGCACCGCGGCCCAGGGACGCAAAGCGCCCCUACUGCUCAGCUUGGUGCCUUCCACGUCCGUUCCUUCACAUGGACGCCUCCGCAUCACAGCACCCCAAGGCAUCGCUUUCGAGCCAGGCAGCUGUCUUUUGGUAGAGUCCGCUGGUGCCUGUGAGCAAUGCUCCGCCGUAGUGGAAGCUUUGGACGAUCUUGCGGCCGCGGCUACGAAGGCUGGCGGAUGGUGCGCUUCAACUUCUGAGUGUUCAGACGAGGCCGGCGAUUGUCCAGAGGCUUACUUUUCGUUUGCCGUGGCACUGUCUACAGCACAGCAGUCUGAAAGCAUCAGUGUUGCGGCAUCCUGCAGCUUUCGAUUGCUUCCCGAAGACGUCCAUUGCGAGACGGAGGAUGCCGAAACCGGCCAGUCGCUGGUCCUGCAGCUUUCCCGAAUGCAGUUCGUUUUUGGCCGGCGGUACGAGGUUUCUGUGGACAUUCGACACCCUUCCGUGGAUGUCGCUGAAAAUCUCAGCGACCCAUGGGAGGCUUGGCAGCUGCAGACGGAAACGCUCGUGGAUGACCUGUGGCAGCCCGUGGACGUGGGCGAGGCACCAAGCUAUGCUCUGUCUCCGGCAUUGGGCUUGAGUGUUGAGCUACAGCUGGAGCCGCCCAAACGCUUGCGCAACGGGUCUCUUUGCCAGCCGCCGGUGGCUGGUGGGAGCACGGGCGUGGUCCAUGUGCUUCUGGACUUGGCCCUUCCACUGCUCGAGGGAGACGAGCUUUACAUUUGGCUGCCGCGUGACCAGCUCAUCUCUUCUUGCCAACUCUCUGACUCUUCACCGCCAUCAGAUCCAUCAGCAAGCCAGGCUUCGCUCUGUGGCGAUCCGGCAGAGCUCGAGAUUGAUUGGGAGGGCCGGGAGGGCACGGGCGGCACGGUGCCUCCGGUGGAAGUGGAUCCAAACGCAACCAGCACAGCGUCCACCACGAGCACACUUACCAGAACGAGCACCACAAGCACGACCACCAGCACCAUAACAUCAACGACGUAUUCGGGAUCAAGCACAGGCUGCGACAGCUCUGAUGGCGGCCUGUGUUUGAAGUGCCGCUGUGAUACUCACUGCGAGCUGCUCCGACGCGGGCAAGCAGCUGCCGGCUAG